AUGACUAAUAAGAAGCAAAAGAAAAAAAAUAAAAAUAGUACAGUAGAAGAACCUCAACAAAAAGGCUUUAAAGGGCAGGCUAAAAAGGAUAUGCAAGCUGUCGAAGGAUACGUUGCUGAAAGAGCUGAAGGUGAAGGAAUUGAUGAAUCGAAAUUGGAUAAGGCUUUAAACAUCGUUAAUGAAGAAAUUGUCAAUGAAGAGAAAAAACGUCGUAAUGACCAAAAACUCCAAAAACAAAAGGAUUCCGAGAAAAUUAAAGUAUCAAGAGAAGAUAUUGAAUUUAUUAUGAAGGAAAUGGAUGUAGUGAAGCAUGAAGCUGAUAAAUACUUGAGGGAGCAUAAAGGUGAUUUAAUUGAAGCAUUGAAAGCAAUGGUGAAUGCUUGUUAG